UUUCACAAGACUUCUCAGAGAGAUUUAUAGGAAUUGAACAUGUCUCCAGAGACCGGAUCCCUUCUGCUACUCCUCCUGUUCUGUGCGGGAGCCACUGCUGUCAAUCUAACCACUGCACACCCCAGCGCAGAUAAAGAAGCUUCGGGUACCCCCAUCCUUCGGGAGAAACCCGGAAAGUGUCCUGCAAAUGUGGACUUCCCGGUUGAUGGUUCCACGUUGAAGAAGGAAUGUAAGAGAGACAGAGACUGCAAACUGGAAUUGAAGUGCUGCUUCUCAGGGGGUACACAACGAUGUCUGCUGCCAUUAGACGCCAAGGAAAAUUCCUGCCCAUACUUCAAUAAAUCACAGUGUGUACGUAUCAAACCCGCACCCCAAGAGUGCCACCGUGAUGACCAGUGCCAAGGCACCGAGCGAUGCUGUUUUUACCAGUGCAGGCUCCAGUGCACUCCAACAGUGAAAGCAGUAAAAUCUGGAACAUGCCCAGUUCCCAGUACAUUAUGUGCUAUUUCCCCAUCUUCACCACCACCGAAACCACUGUGUACGAGUGACAAUGACUGUCCUGGAGAGAAGAAGUGCUGCACACCAAAGUGCCGGCAGGAGUGUACCGAUCCCUUGCCAUUAAAAUCUGGAACAUGCCCAAUUUCUGUUGCAAAAUGUGCGCUUCCCCUACCGAAACCGAAGUGUAAGAAUGACAGUGACUGUCAAGGAAAGCAGAAGUGCUGCACCCCAGUGUGUGGUCUGGAGUGUACCAAUCCUGUGCCAGCAGUAAAAUCUGGAACAUGCCCAGUUCCUGUUACAGCAUGUGUCAUUUCCCCAACUUCACUGCCACCAAAACCCCUGUGUACGAGUGACGAUGACUGUCCUGGAGAGAAGAAGUGCUGCACCCCAAAGUGCCGCCAGGAGUGUACCGAUCCCUUGCCAUUAAAAUCUGGAACAUGCCCAAUUUCUAUUGCAAGAUGUGCUUUUCCCCCACCGAAACCGAAGUGUAAGAAUGACAGUGACUGUCAAGGAAAGCAGAAGUGCUGCACCCCAGUGUGUGGUCUGGAGUGUACCAACCCUGUGCCAGUAGUAAAAUCUGGAACGUGCCCAGCUCCUGUUACACCAUGUGUAAUUUCCCCAUUUUCACCACCACCGAAACCUCUGUGUAUGAGUGACGAUGACUGUCUUGGAAAGAAGAAGUGCUGCAAGCAAAAGUGCCGCCAGGAGUGUACCGAUCCCUUGCCAUGUAAGUUACAGCUGACAAUCAAUCUCCAAUUAACACCAUCGGCUUGGGAGGUCUAUCUACCUAUAUUCUAUAUAUAUCUCUAUCUAAUGCGCCUAUCUCAUUCCCAAUCGGGGAGGUUUCGAGAGAGAUGCGACCCUGCACUUCCCCUCCUCAUCUGGAACCUUUCCCUAACUCAAACAUUGUCCCUAUCAGACAGGAUACCUUUCCCUACAUUACCCACUCCAUAAAGCAUGCCAAACCCUGGGGCCAGGGUCUUAAAUAGACUGCCUAAAAUGGCCACCAGAGUCACAUGGGUGGCUAGUAUCCAAUCGGAUCGCUGCCCCGGUGACUCGGGAAACCAUAGAGGAACCCUGACUUCCCCUCCCUCUGCAUUGCCUUUGUGGUUGAUCGCCACCUGCAGUGGAGACCAAAGGCUGCACCUGCAUACAUGUCAAACUUCUAAAAGGUGCCUAAGUGGUAAACUAAUACAGAAAGUGCUAUAACCACUCAGGGAAUAUUUCAAUACAAACAAAUUAAUUUAUUCCAAAAUAAAGCGCUUGUGCUUCAUUCAAUAAUAUGAUUAAAAGUGAUAUAAGUCCAUUAAAAUGUCCAUUAAAAUGUGUGUAUAUGUCUAUCAUAACCAAGUGCUUGUUUUCCUCCUACACGGCAAUGUCAUAUUCUGCUAUUGUGCACUGCAUACUAGUAUAUAAAGAGGGACUUAACUUUAAAUGAAGCCCUUCAGAGGCGCGCUGACUCCGCUGACAGGGCUUCCAUCUUCACCCAGUAUUCUCUGAUCAACUUAAUGGCUGAGCCGCGAUGACAUCACUCCCAUGCAUAAGUGAGGGAGUGACGGCUGUGGCACAGCUCUCACAAUUGUUGGCAUGUCGUCCAUUGAAAGCAAAGUGUGCAUGCGCCAAUGCGCUACACAAGUAAAUAUUUCCUAAACGGUGCA